GACCUUAGUUUUCUAGAGUGUGCUAGUAGGGUUCUUACAAAACAUUGGAAGCAACAUAGCAUCUCACAUUACUCUCAAAUUAGAUGUUUGUCCUAUAGUAUAAUCUUUACAUAUUAAAUAACUCCCUUAGCUUAUCCUAGAAAUAUCUGUAUUUUCUUCAUGGCACAAACUUACUAAUCAAAAUAUCAAAUUAGCCAAAAAAAAAAAUACAACAUACAAUAUGGCAUCUGUACUUCAAUUUAUUCCUACCCCACAAUCUAAAUCAUCAUCAAACAAAAUCACCAACACUCUUAACACACCAUUAAGGGGCAUAGAAUCAUGCUCAACAAUGUUAGAACUAAAACAAUACCAUGCCCAAAUUAUCAAACUAGGAUUCUCCUAUGACAAUGACACAAUGGGUCGAGUCAUUAAGUUCAGUGCAAUAUCUGAAUCAGGCGAUUUAAACUAUGCACUCCAAGUGUUUGAUAAAUUGCCUAAACCAGACACUUUUAUAUACAACACUGUUAUUAGAGGUUUCUUGAAAUCUCAAAUGCUUAGAGAUACUUUACUCUUUUAUGGGUAUAUGUUAGAAUGUAAAGUUAUGCCAAAUAAUUUCACUUUUCCACCACUUAUUAGAGCUUGUUGUGUAGAUAAUGCUGUUGAACAAGGCAAGCAAAUUCAUGGGCAUGUGAUGAAAUUUGGGUUCGGUUUCGAUAGGUUUUCGAUGAAUAAUUUGAUUCAUAUGUAUGUGAAUUUUGGUUGUUUGGAGGAAGCAAAGAAGGUUUUUGAUAAUAUGUAUGAGAGAGAUGACGUUUCUUGGACUACAUUGAUUAGUGGAUAUGCUCAAUUGGGGUAUCUUGAGGAAGCUUUACGAGUGUUUGAUUCGAUUACGGAGAAAAAAAGUUCUGUUUGUUGGAAUGCUAUGAUCUCAGCUUAUGUACAGAGCAAUAGAUUUCACCAGGCGUUUGCUUUGUUCGAAAGGAUGAUGUCUGAGGAUGUUGUUGUUGAUAGAUUUAUUGCUUCAAGCAUGUUAUCGGCUUGUACACGAGUUGGAGCGUUAAAGCAAGGUGAAUGGAUUGUUGAACAUGUUAAGAAGAGUGGGAUUGAUUUGGAUUCGAAGUUGGCUACAACGAUUAUCGAUAUGUAUUGCAAAUGUGGUUGUUUGGAUAAGGCUAUUCAGUUCUUUAAAAGGUUGCCAAGAAAAGGGAUUUCUUCGUGGAAUUGUAUGAUUGGAGGGUUAGCGAUGCAUGGGAAAGGUGAGGCUGCUAUUGAGGUUUUGAAGGAAAUGGAGAGUAAGAGGGUAGCUCCGGAUUAUAUUACGUUUGUGAAUCUACUGAGUGCUUGUGCUCAUUCAGGGUUGGUUGAAGAAGGAAAACAUUAUUUUCGUUAUAUGAAAGAAGCGUAUGGCAUUGAACCUGGAAUGGAGCAUUAUGGGUGCUUGGUUGAUUUGCUUGGAAGAGCUGGAUUACUGGAAGAAGCAAGAAGGGUCGUUAACGAAAUGCCUAUGAGUCCCAAUGUAGGUGUAUUGGGAGCUCUUCUUGGUGCAUGUAGAAUUCACAAGAACAUAGAACUCGGAGAGGUAAUAGGGAAGGAGGUGAUCGAAUUAGAACCCCAUAACAGUGGUCGAUAUGUGUUGUUAGCUAAUUUAUAUGCCUAUGCUGGUAGAUGGGAAGAUGUUGCCAAUAUAAGAAAGUUGAUGAAUGACAGGGGAGUGAAAAAGGUUCCCGGCUUCUCCAUGGUUGAAUUAGAAGGCGUUGUUAGCGAGUUCAUUGCAGGAGGAAGAACCCAUCCUCAAGCCAAAGAGAUAUAUGCCAAAGUAAACGAAAUGUUGGACAGUAUUAAAUCUGCAGGCUAUGUUCCAGAUUCUGAUGGAAUGCAACAGGAUAUUGAUGAGGAGGAAAGUGAAAAUCCUUUGAAUUACCAUAGUGAGAAACUGGCUAUUGCUUUUGGAUUAUUGAAGAGUGAGCCUGGUGAAAUUCUUCGAAUUACAAAGAAUUUGCGCGUCUGCAAAGACUGUCAUCAAGCAAGCAAGUUAAUCUCAAAGGUUUAUGAUCGAGAAAUCAUCGUUAGAGAUAGAAACCGGUUUCAUCAUUUUAAAGGUGGAGAAUGUUCUUGUAAAGACUACUGGUAAAGUUUUGGUGGAAACGGAUGCAAUGAUCAAAAAAGUCUAUACUUCUG